GUCACCUGACUGGAAAGCAUGAGCGACACUUCUCCAUAUCAGGAUGUCCACUCUAUCAUAACCUCUCAGCAGAUGAGUGCAAGGUGCGAGCGCAGAGCCGGGAUAAGCAGAUUGAGGAGAGGAUGCUGGCCCAUCGGCAGGAUGACAACAACAGGCAUGCCACCAGGCACCAGGCACCAACAGAGAGACAGCUGCGAUACAAAGAGAAAGUGGCUGAGCUCAGGAAGAAAAGAAACUCAGGACUAAGCAAGGAGCAAAAGGAGAAGUACAUGGAGCACAGACAAACCUAUGGCAACACCAGGGAGCCUCUGCUGGAGAACCUGACGAGUGAGUAUGACCUCGAGCUCUUCCGGAGGGCACAAGCACGAGCAUCUGAGGACCUGGAGAAGCUGAGGCUCCAGGGGCAGAUCACAGAAGGCAGCAAUAUGAUCAAAACCAUUGCUUUUGGCCGUUAUGAGCUGGACACCUGGUACCACUCUCCCUACCCAGAGGAGUACGCUCGCCUGGGCCGCCUCUACAUGUGUGAGUUCUGCCUCAAGUACAUGAAGAGCCAGACCAUCCUGCGCAGGCACAUGGCUAAAUGUGUUUGGAAACAUCCACCUGGGGAUGAGAUCUACCGCAAAGGCUCCAUUUCGGUGUUUGAGGUGGAUGGGAAGAAGAACAAGAUCUACUGUCAAAACCUGUGUCUGCUGGCAAAACUAUUCCUGGACCAUAAAACACUGUAUUAUGAUGUUGAACCCUUCCUCUUCUAUGUCAUGACAGAAGCUGACAACACUGGCUGUCACCUGAUAGGGUAUUUCUCCAAGGAGAAGAAUUCUUUUCUCAACUACAAUGUUUCUUGUAUCCUGACAAUGCCCCAAUACAUGAGGCAAGGUUAUGGCAAGAUGCUCAUUGACUUCAGUUACCUGCUUUCUAAAGUAGAAGAAAAAGUUGGCUCCCCAGAACGCCCUCUGUCUGAUUUGGGCCUCAUCAGCUACCGUAGCUACUGGAAGGAAGUUCUCCUUCGUUACCUGCAUAACUUCCAAGGAAAAGAGAUCUCUAUCAAAGAAAUCAGCCAGGAGACUGCAGUGAACCCUGUCGACAUCGUUAGCACCUUGCAGGCACUUCAGAUGCUCAAGUACUGGAAGGGAAAGCACCUGGUCCUGAAAAGACAGGACCUGAUUGAUGAAUGGAUUGCCAAGGAGGCCAAAAGAUCCAACAGCAACAAGAUCAUGGAUCCCAGCUGUUUGAAAUGGACCCCUCCUAAGGGAACUUAACUGCCCAUCACUCCUGAAGCCAGUGACCCCCAGCAGUAGGAAGUACCCUAGGGAUCUCUGUCGUAUCUGUUGCUGUUGUGAUUGGCUGGUACAGUCCCCUCCCAAAAGAUCAGUUCCCCUUGGUACUGUUCUGGCCCAGGUCUUUGUGCACACCACAGACGCUAGUUCUGAGGAACUUUAAUGUUUCGGCCUCAAUGAGGUUGCAAGGAUUGGAUCUGUAUAGGACCCAAAGGCAGCUCCUACAGCGCUGGCCCAAGGAGUUCUGAUAUCUGGUACUGUACCUGUCCAGUCACUGGUCUUACCCUCAUGUUCUUCUUCCAAUGAGGUUGUGUCGUGUCCUUUAAUCUUGGUUGUUUCCUCCUUCACGUCCUUUUUCUUCUCAGUAAUGGAGAUGACUUCUGGCUUUUGAACAAGGUCUGAGACCUCUUCUUUGGGGAGAGUUGGCUUUUCCAACAACUCACCGCUGCACCAGCCUCAGCAUUUGUACCUGGUCCUGCCUGAUGGACUGCUCCAUUCCACAGAGCCAGAUAGUUUUAGUGUGAGAGCUUCCCCAGCCCUUCCAGCAGUGUCUCCAUAGCAGGUCUUACAUAGUCCUGUUCUCCAGUCAGAACCUCAGUAUGGUGUGACCCAGUGGUGUGGUUGUCAGUGCUACCCUGCAGGAGUCAAGGCUAAGGCUGAGAACAAUCCUGGUCUGAGAUAGUCACUCUUGCUGUGUGCUCCUAGAGCUGCUGCAGUGCCAUGGCUGUUGGAGAGACCUCUUUGCCCAUAACUUGUUGGUUUCUGCUGGUUUAGCUCUUGGAGUCAGCAAAUUCCUCCACAUACAGCAGCCUGCUCAGUCUCUUUCACCAGAGAGACCUUUCCCAGAGCAGUCUCCCUUGAGUUGUAGAUCUCUCUGGACUGGAGAGGGUUUGUUGUUGGUUUUUUUUCCUCUAGACUGAGGAACUGAACCCUUGGGACAGGUUUUUCUGGCCUUGUCCAAAGAGCCACAGGAGGUCUCCAAGCUGUUGGCUUGCCUACAGCAGGUGGUGUGUGCACCAGUGGCAGUUGCAGGUGGCUGUGUGGAUGGUUUGCUCCUCUGACAGUGCUUCCUUGUCUGGCUUUGUAAAACAACAACAAAUCCACCUUCUACUUCCUCUCUCCCACCAGCACCACCAGAAGAAACCACCACACCAUGGCUUUCCAGUAGAGCCACUGUCCUUGUGCCACACACACUGCCUUCUGGCUCUGCUGUCAUUCAAAGGGGGAAGAAGCUUUGGGGUAGCCUCGUUUAGUGCUGAUUUCGUUUAACCCUUCCCAUGCUUCCUCUUUGAGUGGUGGCUGAAAUGAAGCACUUGCAGAUGUUUUCUGCUAGGUAGGAGCCAUAGCCUGUUAACCACUGACCCAUCCUAAUGUGGAGAAGGUCUCUGCUGCUCUUCUGAUGGUUGUUUGCCUUUCUCUGCCUCCUCACCAAGAAAAAGAAAAGACAAAAGAGAAGAUCACCUGUACAUGGUGUGUACCUUGUGGGCAUUACUGAAUCUGGCUGGCUCGUGCCCUUUGCCUCCUGUAUUGUAACUAACUCCAGAUACUCAUCCAACUAUCCAACAAAGUAGAGCUCUUGUGGAGUAGGGAAGAAGGCCAUUCCUGUGCAGAAGCUCAACCCUCUUCCCCUGAUGUGGUAGAAUGUGCUACUCUUGUAUCCACUUCUCAAUAAAGCAUGU